AUUUUAUGGAGGUUCUAUUAAGUACAUAAUAGGUUUGAAUAUUUGACUCAAACAAAUAGGUAAACAUGAAGUAAUGGAUGCAAAGAAUCCUGAAACUGGAAACAGUCGUUUGUAUUAAAAGGGGGAGAAAAAAAGAAUUAUGUGGAUUUGUAGGGUCUGUGGCUUUAUAGUUUUAAGGAUGCUCCAUGUUUUUUCUUCAAUAGGGGACGGAGAAGUAGGGUUAUGAAAGGGAAUGGGACAUGGACUUUCUAAAUGAUCUAGGGACUGAAAAGGCAAAUAAACCUUAUAUUUAAUUAGUUUGAAUAGCCUAAAAGGGGGAAGAAUUUUUGAUGAUGAGGAGAGCUGCAAGAAGGUUGGGAAUAAAAGCCAUAAUGCUUUGAGGCCAUUCUGACCUAAUGUUUUAACCCAUAUUCAGAAGGUCUGACUCUAACAUAAAUCAGUGCUUCAGGGAAAUUAGAAAGGCGUGUUUUAAUUUCAUUUAGAAAAAAGACUGGAGUUAAAGUAAAUUAUAUACUAAUAGCUUUUGUUUGCUGAAUAAGAUAGUGAAUGAUAAUAAGAAUGAUAAUGAGAUAGUGAUAAUUUAUAUUUUGCAUUUAAUUCUUUAUCAAUAUUCUUUAAACCUGUUAUAUGAUAACAUUGUUUAACUGGCUAUUUUAAUAAGGAGUCGGAGCUCUGAUAAACAGUGAGAAUAAGCAGAAAAUCCUGUAAAAAUUUUAAGGUCUCUCUCAGUCAGUUUAGACUAGGAUGAAACACUUCCAUUUAGAGAGAGAAAGAAUGGGAGGUGCACGCAGUAGGUUUGAUCUGUUACAACCUUGGAAUCCUGUUUGGCUAACAUUGUGGGGCUCCCUUAGCCAGGGCAUGUGGGAUGUGCUUUGAUCAGACCCAGAUUCCGCUUUUUGAGCAGGGCUCACCUCCCCAGUACUCUUUGUGGUUGCUGGCUCCACCCAGCUGGGAGGUUUCCCCCCCAAUAUGCUCUUUGGCUGCAUCUGAAAUAGUGAUGGCAAGUAUAACUCUCCCUGUCUUGAUUUAAUGGUAGAUUACUAGAACUCUACCCUUACACUGUUUUUUCCUGAGUCCUCUUACCUAUGUAAAGGGAUUUCCAGAUGCUUCAUUUUGAUUCCCGCUUGUAGGAAAUGUAUUUGGUUGAAAGGUUUUACUGGGCACUUCUACCUCAGAGGCUUUUCCAAUCGUAUCUUUUGCUUUGGGGGGAUAGAAAUAGUUGGUUUUUAUCCAACCUUGCAAGGCUCUGAAUUUCUGGACUCUCUUCAUUCUCUUUCAUUUUUGUUUGCAAACCUGCCUACUCUUUCCUGAGCUCAUGUCUUUCUUGUGUUACCUCACCAAAUGCAGACAAUAACCUCCAACACACAUAGCUGGCAUUCUGUUCCCAGUGUCCUCCUUUAGAGCUCUUAUUGGACCUCUAGGUACAAUAUCUGCCUCUCAAGUUACUGCAGGCAAUAAUUUUACCAAAUGUUUUGCCAUUCAUAACAUUGGUCAUCAUUUAUCUAGCUUCCAAUUUCAUUGUCAUCACAGCCUACCACCUGACCACCAUGGACAAUGCCACCAUUUCAGCCUUUUGCUGUGGAAGCCCCUCACUUCUAGGCAUUGAUUUCUGUAUCCACAUGUAUACUGCUAGGUUGUGCCAACACUUCUUGAUUAGACUCCCUUUUCUUUCUUUCUUCCUUCCUUCCUUCCUUUCUUUCUUUCUUUCUUUCUUUCUUUCUUUCUUUCUUUCUUUCAAGUUGGUCCAAUUUUAGUGAAAUCUGUUACAGAAGACAAUUCAAAUAGGAAGCACUGUCUGUGGUUUUAAGGCCUAUAGAAAUCUGAAUUAUGUUUUACUGCAAAAUAAUAUAAAAUACAUUAAUUCAAACUACGGUGUAAAAAGAUUUUAAUUAUGAAUGUAUGUCCUCAUUCAAUUAAAUAUUUGCAAAUGUUUAGACUCCCUUUUCUUGAGUGAAGAUGAAACCUCUUGAGGGUUGGAUUUGUAAAACUAAAUGUGUUCAUUUAGCUCUCAAUAUAUCCAACAAUCCCGUGUCGUUAUCUUAUUGGUUAAUAUACGUGUGUUUGCUUUCGUUCCAUAACUAUAUUUUAAACUUAUUAAGGUAGAGACUCUACUAGUACAGUCUAUUACCUAUAAUGCAGCACGGCUUCCAGAACAUGGGAGGGCAUACAAAAAUCUUGCUUAAUUGAAUGUUUGAACGGCUGUAAUGUUUUAUGACAUGGAGGCUGUGUGUAACUCAUUCAUAGCACUACAGAGCUUCCUGCUGUCUUUUUCUGUGGGCCCUUGGAAUUGUGUGUAGAGUGCUGUAGCUGUUGGUGUGUUGAAUGAUAGCUCCACUUGGAUUAUUGAAACUCUUAAAGCCAGAAGCAGCUUGGGCCACAAGUGGUACAGGGCCAGUUAGUGAAGGGCUUCCACCAUAAUCAGCUGUGUGUUCAUCAUAUAUUUAUUACUGGGUCCCCAAAUAAGAAGGGUUUAUUAUUGUUAGAAGAAAGAAUGAUCUGGAUCCACUGAUGGAAUUCAAACUUGGUGAUGGUUGAUUACUAGUUUGACAUCCUCAUAAGUUAGUUAGUUUUACCUUGAUGGGGGAAAACUUUGUGACCAUUGGGCACAUAAAAAUUCAAUGUUGCUUCCUUCUUACAUAAAAAAAAAAUUAUUUAAUUUUCUCUGCAACCAGCAAAUCCUUCUGUAUUGAAUCAGGCAUUCUUAAUUCAAGGUGAUUUCCUUGUUUCUUCUUUCAGGAGAACUGCUGUGGUCUUCUCUGCAUUGAGGUAUGGCUCUGCAUGGAGAAGAGACUGCUGCAGAAAGCACACAGAAGGCAACACAGCACAGAAAGAGCUUCCUGCACGAAACAGGUGACCAGAGCAAAGUGACAAUGACAUUCCUGCGUGACGUGGCCAUGGUCAAGUCCCUGCUGCUGUUGACAUUGGGGCUGACCCUCCUGGGGGAGGUGGCAGGUCGGAAAACCCCCAAAGCUGGGGAUCCUGCCCUCUGCCCGCCUCCGGAGGACCACACUGUGAGGGUUGACAUCCGCAUCCUCAGGCAGAAUCAGGGCAUUCCCCUCUCACACGGCUUGCAGAACCGCUCCAGCACCCCCUGGGAUUACAACGUCACCCGGGACCCCCACCGAUACCCCUCCGAGAUCGCAGAGGCCCGGUGCAGGCACACGGGCUGCCUCAACGCCGAGGGGAAGGAAGACAGCUCCAUGAACUCCGUCCCCAUCCAGCAAGAGUUCCUGGUCCUCCGGAGGGAGUCCCAGGGUUGCUCUCGCUCCUUCCGGCUGGAGAAGGUGCGGGUGACUGUUGGUUGCACCUGUGUCACCCCCAUCGUCCGCUACGUGCGUGGCUUGAGGGCGGCAGAUCAGCUCAGCUGAAGAAGAUGUAGAAACGCCCCUCUUUACCCAGCACUUUGCCAUGAGUCCUGUGUGGUUCCCAAUUCUCUCCACUUCCCAGGUCUCUUCAUAAGAUCUGCAUGGGACUCUCAAAGCUCUGUAUUAGAUAGAGUAACUUUCUGGGGCUUCAGAAUCUUUAUACGGUCCUGAGAUGUUCCAAUGUCCCACCCCGCUGAAAAUAGAUGGAAGAGAAUGCAGGACCCUCACCUACUCUGCUUAUGUGCUAUCAUGACCACCUCCCAGCCAUGCCGUCAUUGGAUGGGGGCCCUGUUCGUAAAAUGGGCUUCUGCUCCACAAAAGGCAACAAAUAAAAUAAGCACAAUGUAAGAGUGUGGGAGGGUCUGUGCAGGAUGGGGUGGGUGGGAAGAAUGGAGAUAAGGAUCCAGCACCUGUUUAUUAAGCAUUUGCUAAAUAUAGAUGAGGUUGGCCUGAUAUUUAUACCUCUAGGGAAACUGUUCAUGUAUUUAUGAUAUAUUGAUUAUAUGAAAUUGUACGAGAAAAAUUAAUA